AUGCUAGUACCUGACGUUGCUGACCCUGAGGACACUCCGUCCCCAAUAGUCCCAAUAAUACUUACACCUAUGGUUUCUGAGGAGGAGCGCAUGGAGGAUGAGGCUGAUGGAGCUGAUGGUUUGGACCCUUCCAAGCCGACCGAGGAGGACUACACCCUAGCAACGCAAAGCACAUCAACUCUGACUACGAGUCGGAUGAGGAGGAGGUUGCCGGAGAGCAAUAGCGAGCACAGGAUCUUGGUCGACAACUUCCAUGCCAUAGGAGAUGCUAGUACCUGA